AUGUCCGGACCUCGAGCCAAGCGUCAAUUUGCGGGCGCGGCCAGCGACCCUGCACAGAGGCAGAUCACCUCCUUCUUCAACCAGGGCCCGGCCUCAACGUCAUCGUCAUAUCCCACUAUCAGAGCUCCCGCUCUCCCUGCCAAUGUCCAGUCAAACCUUCUAAGUGUUGGCAUGCGAAUCCGCAAGUCUGUGCCCGAGGGCUACAAAACCGGCACCGACUUCAGCGGCUUCUCGCUCUGGGCCGACUCCGAUGUCACCAACCGGCCGGUCCCUGCUGUUCCUGCUGCGCGGCUAGAGACGAGGAGAGAACUUCUGCCCUUCUGCGGCAUCAACAAGGUCGGCGGCCUCGCGAGCCAGCCGGCCUUUGACCUGCCCCCGCUGCCGGACAAUGUCUUCACCACGCCGGCCAUGGAUGACCUCCCCUCGCUCACGAGCAGCCAGGAGUCAGUAGAGAGCAAUGCAUCGCUCCCCGGGCCAAUGGCCAUGGCUACGAGUGGCCCGUCUGCGACGAACCGGAAACGUGUUUUCGCCGAGGACGAUGCCAGCGACAUGCCUGCUGUGUCGGACCGGCUCCAGGUGUUCCGCAACGACUGGUUAGAUGGCGAGGUUAGUCCACGAAGCCUCGCGCCGGUGGGUUGGGAGAAUGCACGCGUGAUGGCCAUGCCGCGACGGCGAUCCGGGCGUAAGAACGGCGGAGCUGUUGCUGGUACCGGAGCGGUGCCUCUUGCGAGCCUAGGGCAGGAGAACAUGGCGCUGGAUGACUUCGACGACGCCGAAUUUCUCGACUACCAAGUAUGGGGAGGAGAUAUGGAUAUGAGUGAAGCAUGA